CUGCCCUAUUCCACGCGUCCACCGCGCCAUGUCCGACUCCGAGGACUCUUACGCUGGCUACAACGAUUUUGCUGACCUGACGGAGGAGGACUUGCUCGCGCUCGGUGAUCCGGACCCCAGCACUCUUGCGUCGACGUCUAAAUUGUCCGAGCCGCGCGACGAAUCCACUACAGGCGCGCUGUCCGUCGCCGUAGAGAUAGAAGGCAAGAUUACAACGUCGAAAGAUGAGGACGAUGAUAUGCCACCCGCGUUCUACGUUGCGCAUGACUGCCUUGAAGAUAUUGAGGAUGCGGUCAAGUCACCCGCAGAGCUAUACCGACGGCAGGGCGUCUUUUCCGUCUCGGACCUCUGUGCACCACAGUGGUGCGAAGUCCAAUUUGACUACGGACUGCGCGGAAAGCGCUCGCGCCCCUUGAAGGACAGACCACGGUCGUUCAGGUCGAGUAAGGGGAAGGAGAUCACUGUCGCGCCUGAGGUAGAGGCCAAGAACGACGCGCGAACCAAGGGCGGAAGGGAAAUCCACAAAGAGCUGGAAAGGGAGAUUAUGGCGGAACCAAUAUAUGUUAGGAUUACUUGCGACGAGGAGAAGUGGGCGCUCAGGCUUGUCAACCUCAUAAUGAAUUUACGACAACUAAUGAUAAUGGGCAUCACACGCGAAACACCGGUCUUUGGGAUCAUUCACGAUGAAGUCGUCGUCGGGAUUAUUGACGAGAUACAUAUGAAGCCCUAUGCCUCGCCGACCCCGAAGACGCCAAAGCGUGCACGGCCGCCUCUCUCGCAAUCGCAGAACACCAUCGACAAGUACCUAUCGCCAAAGAAGAACUCCCCUGUGCGCUCGAAAUCUGACGUUGGGCACAUUCGCUGUCCCUCCGUUCCUCCGCCACCUCCUCCACCAUCAUAUACACUCAGCCUCCUAGACACCAAGACGCGCACGGCGCGUAGUAUGCCCUCCGACCUUGACGCCCUCCCCUCUCGAAUACAACUUAUGCUCUACAAGCGCAUCCUCUCCGACCUCCUACGAACCUCACCUUCCUUCGACUUUGCAUACCUAUGGGCGAAGCUCGAUCUCGACCCCUACCGUCCAUUCCCGACGACGGUCCUGAAGGAUACAGGCAUGCUCCCGGAUCAAUUGGACGGUGGACAACUUUGCUUGAGCGACGUCGUCGAGCUGUGGUGGAAGCUGCGCGACGAGUUGAACGCGGAGGUGGCGUCGAGGCUGCAGCUGGUAUAUCGACUGAUACCAGAGGGCGAGAGGCGAGGGAGGAGGGGGAAGGGUCGCAGACGCGAAACGGACUUCCAGGAGCGGGAGGACGAGGGUCUUGCGCGGGCAAUUCAGGCGAGCCUAGAAGACCUGCGUGAGGUCGAAACGCCCCCCGUUGAAGUAGUGGAGGGCGAAAUCAACGGCGCCACGGCAUCCCAUUCAGAAGAGGUGGGUAUACCUGCGAUAGAAGGUGCUUCAGUCACAGAUGUUGCCGACAAUCCAGGUGCUCUACCAUCACCAUCUCUCGAGGUCAUCGGAACGAAGGAGUUCAUCAUGGACGACGCAGUACUCAACGCACAUGUGGAGAGCGUCUUUCAGUGGUGGAGAGGGGAACGUGCGCCACAGGGUGUCCCUGUUGAGCUGGCGCGGCGAUGCCACACCUGCGAAUAUAUGCAGGACUGUGAGUGGCGGGAGGCCAAGGCGCAGGAGGCUAGGGAGAAGGUCGAGGGGAGGAGGACUGGGUACUGGUAGACUGAUUCUGCCAUACACCGUUGGUCCGGUGUCGACAUGCUAGCUUCUAUCAUCAUCCUGUCACGCGCUUCGUAACGCGACUAGGGCUUCUUAGCAGGAAGAGAAGGGCAUCUACAGAUCUUGUCCCUUUAUAUCAUCUAGUUCAACCACCAGGGGGCUCUUGGGACAGUCGAAUGAGCUGCAC